UGUUGUGAUGCAGCGUUUUCCAUUGUUGCGUUUUGUUUUCCCCAUCUUUUUGCUAUUGCUGGUGUCUGCAGACAAUGUGGGUGUUGAGGCAAGGGGAACGUCGUGCAGCUGCAGCGUGAACCACUUUGCCUGCACCACCCCUCAGUAUGGCAAUUGCACCUGUAUUCCCGUAAGGUGGCGUUGUGAUUCCGACGAUGACUGUGGAGACGGAAGUGACGAAAUCGACUGCGGUAAUUUAAUCGGUUUUCAAUCUAAAAUCACAUGCCCUCCAAACGAAUUCCGCUGUGUGAACAGCCGCUGUAUAUCAGAGUCGUAUGUGUGUGACGGAGACAACGAUUGUGGUGAUUGGUCGGAUGAAAGCAAAUGCCCCGGGGAAGCUGCGUGCAGGGAUAGGGAGUUCAGAUGCGAUGAUGGUCUUUGCAUCAACGUCGACUGGAAAUGUGACGGAGAGAACGAUUGCGAUGAUAUGUCGGACGAGCGGGAAUGUCAAAUGCCUGAGUGCAGUGAAGAGGAAUUCCAGUGUAGAGCUGGGAGGUGCAUUAAGAGACAGUGGCGUUGUGACGGAGAAUUUGACUGCGCAGAUAACAGUGAUGAAGAUGGAUGCGUAACCACUGCUGACGAAUGUGCAGCUGGGCAAUUUCGAUGUAAUGAUGGCUCUUGCAUUAGCCAGUUGCAUGUCUGUAAUGGAGAAUAUGAAUGUCCAGAUGGAUCUGAUGAAUUAGAGAAUAGAACGUGCAAGACAGGAUCCCCCUGUCGGGAGGAUGGUUUUCCAUGCCAGCACCUUUGCCUGUCAACUUCCACCGGCCCUCGAUGCGCCUGCAAGCACGGAUACCACCUCGCUCUGGACAGGAGAUCCUGCAUGGAUAUUGAUGAGUGUCAAGUGGAAGGAACCUGCAGCCAGUUUUGUGAAAAUACAGUACCUGGAUACAAGUGCUCCUGCGUCGAAGGUUAUCGUCUUGGAACAGAUCUAAGGAAAUGUAAAGCUACAGGUCCAGAUCCUUAUUUGGUAUAUGCUAAUAGAGCUGACAUACGUAUGGUAACUUUAUCCAGCACGGAACUACCAUCCAAAAUUCUCAGUGGACUACAAAAUGCCAUUGCCGUGGAUUUCCAUUACGAAAGCGGUCGAAUAUUCUGGUCAGACAUCACCACAGACGUCAUCAGAAGUGCCUUUCUCAACAGUACAGGAGUGUACGACGUCAUCACGUAUGGUCUCACCAGUCCAGCAGGACUGGCCGUCCACUGGCCAUUAGAGAAAAUUCUUUGGACUGAUUCCGGAACAUCGAGGAUAGAAGUUGCGGGAUUUGAUGGAUCCAUGCGACGGGUUUUGAUUUGGAAAAAUCUGGAAAAGCCUCGUGCAAUCGUAGUUAAUCCCGAAGAAGGGACUGUGUACUGGACAGACUGGGGGAGUCGACCCAGGAUUGAAAAGGCCAUGUUAGACGGAAGUGAACGCAAAGCCAUUGUUGACACAUCGCUGUUUUGGCCUAAUGGUCUGACAAUCGACUAUCCAGCUCAAAGACUUUACUGGGCAGAUGCCAAACAUCACGUCAUAGAGACAUCGGCAUUGGAUGGAAGUGGCAGGAGAAGAGUUAUAGAACGUGAUUUGCCUCACCCAUUCGCCAUCACAGUGUUCGAAGACCACCUUUUUUGGACUGACUGGCAAACUAAAAGCAUCCACAGAGCAAAUAAGUUCACGGGACGGAAUGCUACAACUCUACACACAAAGCUACAUUUUCCAAUGGAUCUUAUUGUUGUUCAUCCAUUGAGACAACCUUAUGUGAGAGACCCUUGUGCAGAAGACAAUGGAGGUUGCAGUCACCUGUGCAUGCCAAAUAAUGUUUCCUAUACCUGCCUUUGCACAGUUGAAGCGCCUGUUCAAGUCGAUGAAAAGACAUGUUCAAAAGAGUGGUCCUCAUUUCUCAUCUUCACACGCCGCAGCGAUGUCCGGUGGUUGUGUCUGGACUGUGAAGACGAUGCAGACGUCGUGUUCCCAUUCCGCAACAUCAGUAGCGCUGGAGCACUGGACUUUGAUUCGGAAACGGAUAUGAUCUACUGGUCAGACAUCACUAACGACACCAUAUCUAGAUCUCACAUCAAUGGAUCUGGUCAACAGAUAGUGAUAGAGAACACACUUGAGAGUCCAGAUGGUCUGGCCUUAGAUUGGGUGACUCGCAAAUUGUACUGGACGGACUCUGGGACUCACAGAAUCGAAGUGGCGAAUCUUAAUGGUAACAUGCGAGCCAUAAUCAUAUGGGAAAAUCUUGGAAAACCUAGAGAUAUUGUUGUUGAUCCAGCUACAGGAUUUAUGUACUGGACGGAUUGGGGUGAUUAUCCGAAAAUCGAGCGCUCAGGAAUGGACGGAUCGCAACGGACGGUGGUCAUCGACCAGAACAUCACGUGGCCCAAUUGUCUCGCCAUCGACCAACAAAGGAAAAAACUGUACUGGACAGACGCAAAGACCAGAACCCUAGAAAUGAGUGACUACGACGGACGAAAUAGACAGGUGUUGAUUAGUCUUGAUUUGCCGCAUCCAUUCGGAUUAGCUCUUUAUGGAGAUUCAAUCUACUGGACAGACUGGACCGAACACACAAUCCAGAGCGCAAACAAGGUGACCGGAAAGGACAGGAGAGUUAUACUUCAAGGAAGAGAAAUACUUUUAGAUGUCCACGUCUUUCACCGCCAAAGGCCAAACAUAAGCAGUGAGUGCAGAGUGAACAAUGGCGGUUGCAGUCAUUUAUGUUUGCUAUCACCUGGUCAGAAAGGCUAUUCUUGUAAGUGUCCGACUGGUAUACUGCUACAGAAAGACCAAAAAACCUGCUCUAAAGGUAUGAAUAAUUUUCUGAUUGUUGCCAAACGAACAGAUAUUCGGAAAGUGUCAUUGGACGUUCCUUAUACAGCUGAUGUAGUUCUUCGCAUUGGAAGCAUAAAAAAUGCGAUAGCCUUAGAUGUGGACACGCAGGGAGAGAAGAUUUACUGGUCGGACACGGGACGUGAGAAAAUUCAGCGAUCGAAUUUGGACGGAUCCCAUGUGGAGAAUGUCAUCAGCAAAGGCUUAGGGUCCGUCGACUUUCUAGCCGUCGACUCCAUCGGCAGGAAAUUGUACUGGACAGAUGACCAGAGGAAGUGCAUCGAAGUGUCGGAACUAGACGGCAGCUUUCGAAAAGUAUUGGUCUGGAGUAAUCUGGACAGCCCAAGAGCCAUAGCAUUGCAUUACGAACCAGGGUAUAUGUAUUGGACAGAUUGGGGCAAUAAACCUCGUAUUGAAAGAUCUGAGAUGGACGGAGGAAAGAGAAUUACAAUCAUCUCAGAUGCUUUAGGAUGGCCGAACGGACUGACAAUUGACAAAGAAAACGCACAGUUGGUGUGGGCAGAUGCAAGGAGGCAUGUGAUAGAAGCUUGCAACUUGGACGGUCAACAUCGCAGAGUCCUGGUCAGUGACGUUCCACAUCCUUAUGGAAUCGCCGUGACGAGUCGACAUAUCUAUUGGACAGAUUGGUCAGAGAGGUCCAUUCUUCGAGUCAACAAACACACGGGGCGCAAUAUGGAGAAUGUCUGCGCAAAUCUACCGAAUUUAAUGGAUAUGCAUUAUAUUCAGUUGAAUGAUACAGGGGAAAACAAAUGCGCAGGUCACAAUGGAGGCUGCAGUCACUUGUGUCUGAGAACCUCCUUAGGUUACUCUUGCGCAUGCCCAACGGGAAUCAAACUGCAAGACAACAACAACGCUUGUGAAGAAGCUCCGUCAACAUUUCUAUUGUUUGCCAAUAGAGAAAGCGUACGGCGUAUAUCUUUGGACACUACGGAAAAUAUGGAUGUCAUACUUCCAGUUCCAGAUACUUAUAACACAGUUGCUGUAGAUUUUGACUACCAAGAGAAGGAAAUAUACUACUCGGAUGUGAAAUUGGAUGUUAUUCGAGGUGCUUCAUGGAAUGGGUCUAAUCCAAGAACUAUAAUAUCAACGGAUUUAGUAACAGCCGAUGGCCUUGCAGUCGACUGGGUCGCCAAGAAUUUGUACUGGACAGACAGUGGCAGGAAAGUUAUUGAAGUAUCCAGAGUGGAUGGAUCGAGUCGAAAAAUCUUGGUAGACUUGGAUUUGGAUGAACCGAGAGCCAUCAUAGUGUUUCCUCGUAAAGGUUAUCUCUUUUGGUCAGACUGGGGUAAACCACCAAAGAUCGAGAGAGCUUAUCUAGACGGCACCGGACGAAGAGUCAUAGUGGCCACCGAUUUAGGAUGGCCAAAUGGAUUAACUAUUGACUAUGAUUCACGUCGUUUGUAUUGGGUAGAUGCCCAAUUAGAUCGGAUUGAAGCAUCUGAUUUAAGCGGGAAGCAUCGUAUGCAGUUAGUGGAUGACGUAGCCCACCCAUUUGGAUUGACUCUGUACGGUCCCCAUCUUUUCUGGACAGACUGGCACACCAAAUCCAUUGAAAGGGUCGACAAAGACACCGGUCGGAACAGAAUUGUUAUCCGAGACAACAUAGAGUACCUCAUGGAAAUAAAAAUGGUUGCUGCGUCCAGGCAAACAGGUAGCAAUCCGUGCGGAGAAAAAAAUGGUGGUUGCAGUCAUUUAUGUCUGUUCAAACCUGAUGGACGCGUCUGCGCAUGUCCGUCCUUUAAUGACAGCCGACGCUGUUCAACAGUUCCAGGGGAUUUCUUACCUGAGCCAACUAGACUCUCCGAAGUAGAAGAUGAAGUUACAGUUAAAGAUCUCUCAGUGCCUACAACUUUGCCAACAGAUAGUAGUACAGGGUGUUCAGAAUUAGAUAUUCAAAAAGGUCGGUGUGAUAUUAUUGGGUUUCCUCCGCCGGAUCCAAUUUUACAAACUGCCUACAUCGCCUUGAGUGUUAUUCUUCUCAUAGUAAUUAUUGUUUUAACAAUGGCUCUCAUAUUUUGGAAGAGAAACAACAAGCGAAGGAAUGAGGACCUUGAAGGUACGCUCACGUUCUCCAACCCCACAUACAGUGCCUCGAGCGGGGACGCUCUACCCUCAGACAGGAAGGUCUGGCCCUGGAAGAACCAGCACCGAAAUAACAAGAAGCAGGCCCGCAUGAUGGGUAUGUGUCAAAAAGAGAGCCAGCUGAACAAUUUGGAAGUGUCCGCCCUCGUAAGCCGCAACAAACUGUCGAGCUUAAAUGUGCUGCAUCCUCCGGCACCACCCCAGAGGAUAGACAGCAGACAGAGCUUCGCUGGGAUGGGUGCCAGUCCGUGCAAGGUGCCCCACAGUCCUCUGCCCUACCGGACGGUCGAGACAGACAUCUGAGCGAUCUGCACACGUUUUUCGCACAGAGCAGCCUCACAAGUUCACGUGGAGUCAUUACAUGGGAGGAGGGCGUCUCGUCAAAAGAUGAAGAAAGUCAACAAGUGGUUGAUUGUGUGGAAUGUAACUGAAAUACCUUCUCUUUGUGUUUGAUAUAAUAAUUUAUUAACUGGAUUGUGUGGUAGCUGCUAAAUGCGUAAAAUGCUGUGAUUGUCAAUCAUUAUAUUUAUGAAUAUUACACUUGUAAAUUAAAAUUUUCUUAUUAUAUCAGGCAAGAAUCUCAAUAGAUACUAAAGCUGAGUAAUAAUUAUUUAUUUUUGAUAAAUGUAUGAUAAAAAUCUAAGAGUUUUUGAAUUGUUGUGGUGGCAUAGAAAUAUGACAGGAAUUAUAAAAAGUGUCAAAAUGUUUCUAUAAUUAGAGAAUGAGAUAAGCAAAUAUGAUAUUAAAUUCGUGUUCCUUAACUUUCCCGUCUAAAUUUUGCAAACUGUACAUAUAACUACAAAUAAUGCCACAAAUACAUUUUAUUGUUUGAGUAACUUACUUGUAUACAGACUACUGGUUAUUCAUAUUAGUUUAUCGCAGCUAUUGAAAGAUAAGAAUUUUUAAGGGAAUAACAAAUGGGUAGGAUGGAGCUAUAGAUAAACUUUGAUGGGCCCGUAGCAGACCUUCAGAUAGACAAAAGCCUUUUAUUUGUGAGGAAGAAAAGAUUGAAGUGGGGAGGAGAGAUACUGAGAAAUAAUAGGUUUACAAUGUACAUGAUUGUACUAUAUUCGGCUUCUUCAUACUAUCAAUACUAUCGUCAAAUUGUUAAGAAGUAAAAUGCAACUCUACCUACACAAACGUAUAUGGGACAAAUGCAAUCUGAUCCAUGACAGUCUCUUAAUUUAUCAAAAUAGAACCGUCUGAUAUCGCGCAAUACUAAAUGUCAACUCCUGGGA